AUGAUGCUCCUCAAAUUGCUUCUACUGGGCAACACUUGGUGGCUUAUAUUGGUCAUCGCAGUCUGCUUCCAAUCUCACUUUUGUUUUGCCAUGGCUCCCACUAGUGCUGCGAAGAAAGGAAUUGCCGCAAUUGCACAAUUGAAGUCUACCAGCGACAAACUAGCUAACCUGGCUUCGGUGGCCGAGUGUGCCCGAUUAGCGCGUCACAAGAAGGCAUCCAUGCUCUUUUUGCCCGAAUGCUUCGGUUUCAUUGGAGAGAACUCGGAUCAAACCUUGGAAAAUGCGGAAGAUCCCUCUGCCGUUGACAACAAUACCAGGAUACAAAAUCAUGAAUCCAUAUCUUCUUUUUUGAAAUCUGCCUGCACAGAAACACCCGAAGCAUUGUUCAUCCCCGAUGAUGGAUCACAGAUUUCAAUAUUGGAUGGAUUGCGGACAAUUGCUAAAGAAUCUAGUUUGUGGAUUUCGGGUGGCGGUAUGCACAUUGGAGGUGCACCUCCGGACGAAACCGAAGGCUCUCCGAGAGUCUACAACACGCACCUCAUUCUGGACGAGAAGGGCCAGAUACAAGCAUUAUAUCGCAAAAUUCACUUGUUUGACGUUUCAAUACCAGGGAAAGUAGAACUAAGGGAGAGCAAGACGACGGCGCCUGGCACCGAGGUGGUGCUUUGUGAUUCACCCUUGGGAAGAUUGGGUCUGACUACGUGCUAUGAUAUGCGAUUUCCGGAAUUGUACAUGGAAUUGGUGAAACGUGGAGCACAGAUUAUGUUGAUGCCGUCAGCAUUUACUGUACCAACGGGGAUGGCCCAUUGGCACACCCUAUUACAAGCAAGAGCUAUUGAAAGCCAAUGUUACGUCUUGGCGGCAGCACAGGUUGGAAAACACAACGGCAAACGCGAAAGUUUUGGUCAUAGUCUUGCCGUGGAUCCUUGGGGCACCAUCUUGGCCGAUGCGGGUGGUGCCAAGAACACUAGUGCAGUCGAUGAUGCUCCUCCCUCGAUUGUGACUUGUGAAAUUGACUUGGAUGCAAUUGAUAACAUUCGACGACGGAUGCCUAUUGGUAUGCACCGAGACAAUUCAAAGUUUUCUUAA